CAAAUUCUGCUCAAUCUCACAUGUCUUUUACAUCUAGACAUAUAUUCUGAUAAACAUUUCUCUUUCUCCAUUAUCUCCCUCUCUAUAAGCCCUCUGUGUUCUUUUCCUGCCAAAAGCAGGAGUUACAUAGCUGUGCAGAGAGAAAAUCAAUCAGCAGGUAUUGGGUAAGAAAAUUUUCUGGGAGAGAUGUGCACAACCUUUGCCACUAUGAGACUUUUGUUAACCACUGCAUCAACUUCCUUUCUUUUUUCUUCUCACUCUUUAGAUUUCCCCUCUAAAUCCCAUAAAACAGGAAACCCUAUCCUCAGCCAUACAUGUCCUGCUAGAAGGAAGUCUUCAUCUCUCUCCAAACUGACGGUCCUCUGUUUUCAUGUACUGGCAAUAGUGGCUUUGUGGACAUGUGAGAAGAGAUCAAGACAUGGAUUGUUGGAAAGCUGAAGAUGAAAAUAUGGUGUCCAUGUUUGGUGGUACUGAUGAAGAUACUGGCACCCAAAUUCCAACCCAAGCCCAAUCUAUUGUGGAAGGAUCAAGCACAGUUGUAGUGUCAGAGUAUAAGCCUGUUCCCGACGUAGACUAUUUACAGGAGUUAUUAGCCAUUCAACAACAGGGGCCUAGAGCUAUUGGCUUUUUUGGUACACGGAAUAUGGGAUUCAUGCAUCAAGAACUCAUUGAGAUUCUUAGUUAUGCUCUGGUUAUAACAAAAAAUCACAUUUUUACAUCAGGUGCAUCAGGGACUAAUGCAGCUGUUAUCAGAGGUGCUUUAAGAGCAGAAAAGCCAGAGCUGCUUACAGUAAUAUUGCCUCAGAGUUUGAAAAAACAAUCGCCCGAGAGCCAGGAAUUAUUGGCAAAAGUGCAAAAUGUGAUAGAGAAGCCUCACUAUGAUCAACUACCACUGAUUGAAGCCAGCAGGCUGUGUAAUAUGGACAUUAUUUCUCAUGUACAACAAGUCAUUUGCUUUGCCUUCCAUGAUAGCAAGUUGCUCAUGGAAACUUGUCAAGAAGCAAAAAACCUCCGGAAAAUUGUGACUCUCUUUUACCUGGACUGAAGCAAUCGGUUCAUUUGUCUAUAUGAUGAUUAGAGAGAGAGAUUUUGCUUAUUCUUUUGUCUGUAAAUUAGGAGAUGAAUUGAAAAAUUGCUUUACUUUGCAUAUUGUAACAGUGGUGAAGGGAGCCAAUUUGCUCCUCUUCAUUGGAAAGAUGAGAAAUAGGUUCUUAUUCACUAUUUUAGCAGAAUAUGUGGGAAUAAGCAAAUCAAAUAUUCACAUUCAAUAA